AUGGGGAACAAACAGGAGGAAUUAGAGGUCUGUGUACAGUUGCAGGGCUAUGAUCUUACUGGGAUCAUGGAGGCAUGGGCAAUUGUUGUCAUCACCACUGAUGAUAACGGCCCAGGCAUCGGGAAGUACUCGGCAUUUGAGCAUUGCGGGGCAGCGCCGGCCGAGGACUUGUCCAAGGUGUCGGACGAGGAGCUGCUCAAGUGGAGCAAGGAGGAGCUGAUCCGCAGCCUCCGCCGCGCCGAGGCCGAGAAGAUGAGCGCGAUGCUGGACCACAGCAACCUCAUCCGCGAGGUGAACCGCCGCCUGCAGCUCCACCUCGGCGAGAUCCGCGGCUUGAAGGAUAUCAACCAGAAGCUGCAAGAAGAUAACCAAGAACUGAGAGACCUUUGCUGCUUUCUGGAUGAUGACAGGCAGAAGGGCAAGAAGGUGUCCCGUGAAUGGCAGAGACUGGGCAGAUACAGCGCUAGCGUUAUGCACAAAGAGGUUGCCUUAUACUUACAGAAGCUGAAAGAACUGGAAGUGAGACAAGAAGAAGUGGUUAAGGAAAACCUGGAGCUGAAAGAAUUGUGUGUGUUGCUGGACGAGGAAAGGAGUGGUGGAGCAGGCAGCCGGAGCUCUAUCGACAGCCAAAUCAGCCUGUGCCAGUUAACCACGACGAGUACUUACAUAAGAGAUGUCGGUGAUGGGAGUAGCACUUCUAGCACGGGAAGUACAGACAGUCCAGACCAUCAUAAACAUCAUCCAAGUACUAGUCCAGAACAUCUUCAAAAAACUCGGGGUGAAGGAAGCCCUGAGCAUCAGAAACACAGGAGUAUCAGCCCAGAGCACCUCCAGAAGCCUAGGAGUUCUGGCAGUCCUGAUCAUCACCUGAAAGGACCAAGUCCGGAACAUCACAAAACCAUUGUCAAAGCACCUGAACAACAAAAGCACAGCAGCAGCAGUCCAGAAACUAUCCCAAAGCAUGUUUUGAGUAGUAGUCCUGAACACUUUCAAAAGCAGAGGCCUGGCAGUAGCCCUGAGCAUCAAAAGCACAGCAGUGGCAGCCCAGAUCAUCUUCAAAAGCACACGCCGAGUGGAAGUACAGAACAUCUCCACAAAGUGAGGGGUACGAGCCCUGAGCAUCUCAAACAACACUAUGGAGGGAGCCCAGAGCAUCUCAAACAUCUCAGCGGAGGCAGCAGAGAAGGUACCCUCAGGAGACAAGUAACAGAUGACCUGUCACCUCACCACAGAAGUAUAUACAAUGGAAUGAAUGAAUCAACCUUGUCCUAUGUUAGGCAGCUGGAGGCAAGAGUAAGACAGCUGGAGGAGGAAAAUCGCAUGCUGCCCCAGGUUGUGUGGAGGAAACUUGGAGAUGCUGCAGGGUCGUGCCCUGGAAUUAGACAACAUUUGUCAGGAAAUCAAUACAAAGGACCUAUGUAAAAGGCCCUGAGCAAGUCCUCUCUCUGAAGAGUUUGAGCUGCCGAUAAGAGAGAAAGAACUGACUGUGUCCACAGCGACUUCCCAGCUGAUGACGGGGUGUCUGUAAGCAUUGCAAGAGACUUCAUUGGAAACUAGUAGAGAUUCUGCACAGAGGUCUUUUGGAGGAGCCAUGUUGUCAGUGUCCCCCGAAUAUUGCUGUUUCGGUAUACUGGCUAAUGAAAUGCUGCUGCCGCAUCGUCACUUCAACUCACCACAUUUAGAAGCACUGAGGUAUUUCCAUCCUAACUAAAAGAUAAUCGGGAUUCUGCAGGAGUUACAUGAAAUAAGUUUUAUUUUGGUUAGUUACAGUGAAUCUCUAGUAAGUCUGAAUGAAUUUUCCACUGGAUUUAACAGAGGUUUUUCACCAGACUGGAGAGACGUUGAUAAACUGUGCCUUUGGUCUCCACAGUUUUGAGAAAGUCACUUCUUGGUAACUCACACUUCAGUCUGUAAAGUUAAUGGUGCUUAGGCGAUUUCCAGACGAUUUUUUUGCUUUGGUAGAAUACCUGCCUUUGGAGGUGCUAAAAGACCAUAAAGUCUCCUAACCAGCCAGUAGUGUAGCAUAACUACAGUACUUGUAGUGAAACACAAUUUCUUUCUAAAUGAAAGUAGAGAGAGCUUUCUUUUCGAUUCUCUUUGAUGCACAUCUUCUGAAGACGUGUACAAUGUUCGCAGCCCUUUAAUGAACAGCAUACUUAGGUAUCACUAUUACAGGUCUCAAAUCAGAAUUUCCAUCAAGAGUGUUUUUUGGAAAGUAUUUUCCAAUUGUCAGGAUGCUAAUUUCUACUGUUUAAUUUAGAGACACACUGGUUUAUUUAACAAGAGUCUAUAAGGAUCUAAAAGAUUGCACUGCAUUAUAAAAAAGCUUUUCUUGCCACUGUAGCAUUCUUUCAAAGAAAAAGGUUUUAUUAUACUCAGAGCAUGUCUUUCAUUAUUAUGAGGCAGAAAGCUCUUGUUCAGAUUGCCUGAGAUUUGACCAGACGGCGCCCUAGAUGUGCUUAGUUUAUUUUUAUCUAUGUGUAUGACACUAGUUGUGUGUAUUGAAUUGCAAUGAUAGGUAUUUUGUGUAUAUCUAAAAGCAAUGAUAGUUUCAUGUAUGAAUGUGCAACAGGCUUGUGACUGAAUGCUGUUGCUUAACUUUUUACCAUAGCUGAGCAUCAAAAAGACUAAUAAAAAUUAAAAAAAAAAAAAAUAGGAAUGCAACAAUUCCUGGGUUUCUGGUUUGUUCUUGGUUACUAAGAUUUGAGCCAAAGUCAGAACCUCUGUUUUCUCUGAGCUUGCAACGUGCUGUAUUCGUGGGCUGUUUGCAGUGGGAUGUAGCUCGGUUGCUGUACAAUCUUUUGUUCUAUAGGAGUAUGAUGUAAAUCUGCUAACUGUCUUCAGAAAAGGUGUGUUAAUUUACAGCAGUAAUUAUAUUGGUUUCUGUUGAUAUUUUUACUUGGUACCAUUUGACGUAAGGCCUCUGAUCCAGCAUUGCUUUCUCGGGCAAAACUCCUGUUCACUCCGUGUCCUUGAAUCUGGCCUUCCAUUUUGAAACGUUGCACUCCUGCAUAAUUUCUUAUAUAUUACCCAGCCCAAACAGUUGUCUGUUAUCUUUACGUGUUGUUUUCUCCCAUACAUAUUGUUUGCAUAGUUAAACUUCAAUUGUUGUAUUCCUAUAUAUCUAUAUAUAUGUAUGAAAAAAUGUAAAACAUGUACUUGUGCCUGCAGUACGUAUGUGCAGGGGCUAAUCUGAGGGACACUGGUCUUUUGACACUACACUUGUGUAAAUUUUGAUACUGUAUUAAAACUAUUUUUU